AUGAAUGGGGCACAAGGCUUCAUUCAGACCAGCGGGCCAGGUUCUCCUCGUGAAGGCGGCCGCGGGCCUGCAAUCCCUCCUCCUCCCGUUGGUCAUGGGCCAUACAGCAGGCCCCAUAGCAGGGUUGACCCUGAUUCUCUUCACAUGCCCAUCCCCAGGAAGAGCUAUAGUCCCUCUCAGUGGUCCAGGGGCCAUGAAGACGACAUGCCAUUGGCAGUUCGUCGUGAGCGCAGCCAGAGAUAUCCUCGCACAGCCUCACCACGGCGGUCUGAGCUGCGGCCCCAGUAUCAUGAUGCUCGGGGGAGCCGUCAUACACUCACAGUUCUGGAUGAAAACUCUACCAUCCGUGUUGUCCAGAUAGAAAUGUGCAGACGUGACGAAGAUGGCUCUCCAGUCCAACGCCCCUGGGAGCAUGCCAAGAUUUUUGAGCUCCACGUCACAAAUGACGCUGCUAUGCGCAAAGUUGAGCAGUUGGAGCAGCACACACUUCCAGUUCUGGACAAACUCAAGGAGGAGCUAUCGUCACUCAUGCAGGAGAAGCUGGAGUAUGCUCGUAGAUACCUAGAGGAUAAGGAGGAGGAUCCUUACUCCUUCUCUCACGAGCUUAUCCAGUUCGAAACCAAUUUUCAAAAGGUGGAUCGUUCACUGCGAGACUCGCGUGAAGAACUCCACGAAGACUGGAGCAGAAGCGACAAGAAGCGCAACAGGAGCAAGGACCGGAAGAGGCUGAAGUCAAAGACUACCUCGAAGGGUCACAAAAAGUCCAAGAGCGAUAAAGAUAGAGGACGAAGCAGCAGCUCAAAGUCUAAGCACAUGAUUGCGCUUGUCUCUAUCACAGCUUAUUUUAAACGGACUCUGCUCCCUGAGGAGUACACCCCGCAGUCCUUCAGAGAAAGUGAGGCUUCGCGGGAAGAUGAUGAGAUGCGGCGGUAUCGGCGGCCUGCUGAGUACCACCAACGUGAUCGGCGCUCUCCGGAGAGCGGACGAGAUUCGCGUCAUUUCUCAGACUACGACGAUAUACACUCUCCGUCACAAUACGCUUCACGUGGUGGUGUCGGUCAAGAACGCUAUCCCACCAGAGAUCAUCAUGACUAUGAUGCAAGAUAUCAGACCCAUGCUGGCAAGGGUCAGCAUGAAAGACCUGCUGUGAACCAUCAGCAGCAGCAGCAAUAUGAUAUGCAUCAACAACACCCUCAGAACCAGGCUCACCAGCAGCCCAAUAUGGGCCAGCAGCAAGGGGCUAGCAUGGGUCAACAAAGGCCACAGCAGCAACAGCAGCACAACAUGCAUCAGCAGCCGCAGCCGCAGCCGCAGGCUGGCAUGGGACAACAGGGCCAAAAUCAUACAGGGCCUCAAGAUUUCAAUCACCAAGACCAUCAUGGCCUUGCCGCUGCCCACCAACAGAGACAGGCUCCCGUGGCCCCUCAGGGUCAGGCUGGCAUGAUGCCACAACAGCAGCCUGUUAUCAAUCAGCAAAGACAGCAACCUCAACCUCAGCCUCAGCCACAAAUGCCACAGCAGAGGCAGCCAGCUCAGCCUGGUAUGGCACCACAACAGCAGCCGCAACAACCUGCAGCGCAGCACAAACCACAGGGUCAGCCUAAUAUCGCUCAACCCCAGCAGCAGCAGCAGCAACAGCCUAGCUUAAAUCUGCAAAAGCAACAGGCUCAGCCUGGAAUGGCGCAACAGCCGCAGCAUAACCAGGCCGCUAAAGCCCAACAACCUCAGCCUGCCGUGCUACACCAACAUGGACAUCUGCCUCAAGGGCAAGGAGGUCACCUCGGUGGUCCCCAGAACCAGCAGCAAAAGGCACAAGUUAUCCCAGCACAAGUUGCGGCGCAAAUGAGAGAUCAACAAGCACAAAGGGGGAUGGGUAGAGAUAAGGGGCCUCUUCCACCGCCCCCUCACGUGCCACCUCUUCAUAUACCAACCCCGGUCACCUCAAACAAAGACAGCAAGCACCAAGGGGAUAGAAAUGGGAAAGGCUCGUCAGGCAAGCGUCACGGUCAUCCCGGUUCGCCUCAUAUCUCUGAAGAAUCUGUUUCCGAUCACGAUGAUGAUUGGUCAGACAGUGCGAGUGACAUCUCUACUCCAGCAACGUCCACCUCGGGCGGAUCGCAUCAUAAGGUGAAGAAGAGCUCGAGACGCUACUCAGAAGAGCACUUUGGCAUUCCCACCCGGCAUCGUGGAAAGCCCGGGAAGUUCCCUCGUGAGGCCUCACCCCCCUCUCCUCGCAGAGCCUAUACCGAGGACCAGAGAUACGCCGGUAGGGCGCCAUCAUCAUCUCCUCGAAGGUAUUACAAUGAUGAGCCUCGCUACACAUACGAGAGUGCACGUUCUCCACGGCCGUUUCAUAGAAAGGGACCAGAAUACGUGCGGCGUAUUUCACCUUCCCCUCGCCGAGCUCGAGAUGAUAGCAAUAAAUACUCGCGACAUGAGGGUUAUGCGCCGCGCAUUAUCCAGAGCGUGCGCCGAAUGACCCCAUAUGAGGUUGGCCGCGAGAUUCUCGAUGGAGAUCAGCCUUGGCGUAGAAGUGGCCACAAACGAUCUCCUCUAGGAGAAGACCGUGGCAAAGAUCGGACAGGACGUCCGUACGAGAAGGACAACUUUGUUGACAAAAUACGACGAUUUACUGAGGGAGUUCUCCAUGAGCCGAGUGACCGUUACGAAGGGCGUUAUGAGAGGAGGGAACCGAGAUCCAGGAACAUGAGUUCUCGAGACUAUUCCCCCUCCCCUGAGAGGCCGACUGGAAGGCGACCAACCUAUGCAACCAGGGGAAGGGAUUGA